AUGGCUCCCAUCAGACGAUACCUGCGAAUUACAAAGCACUCUGUUCUUGAAGUACGCAUCUAUCUCGAUCGACCCGCUGAUGCGGAGGCAUGGUUAUUGAAACGCGACGACCCAGCGCUACCACGCGUCAUCCAAGCCAUACGACCACUUGUACUUCCCAAACUUCGAGAAGAGAACGAACGAGCCAAAGGAAAGGGCGGGGGCAAAUCGAAGAAGAAAGGAGUGAAAGAUGUUACGGCUGACUUUGUUCCAGACGACUUCGAAGUCUCUAUCUUCUUGACAGAGCUUUCCUCCCGCCACUCUGUUCUAACAAAGAAGAAGAUCUUCAAAGACAAGCCUCGCAUACAAAGUAAUUCGGGGAAACUCACCAAUUGGCUGACGACCGGGACAAGUGAUCAGCCGGUGAUCAUCAAUGAGGGUACUAUGGAACCCCUUACAAUCCGGGAUGAAGAAGAAGAGACCGUAAUCCAUCUUGCCGACAUACCCGAAUCGGAUGCACAGUUGCAACAGUCGGCCCGAUCAACGCGAAACAGCCGCCGAGAAGCAACUUCUAAUCAAGAUCAUGCCGACGAUAGUGACGAUUCGAAUUUGUUUGUAUCAGGAUCGACUACCAAAACACGUAAAGCCAAUGGACGAUCGGAUAAUGCAGAUGAGGAAGUCGAUGAGGGAUUGCAAGACGACAAAAAGAAACUUGGUCUUAACACGUCGUAUGAUGGCUUCAGCAUUUACGGGCGCAUUCUUUGCCUCGUUGUGAAGCGCCGUGGCGUGAGGACUCAAGCAGGAGUCAGCGUGGUACCUGCAUCUAGCCAGGCAAUGCUGGAGAAUUGGGUAUCGACACAAGCCGCAUUGGAACAGGUCGGCGGAGACGAGGACAACGGAUAA